GAGACCACGCACGCACCGCAGCAUGGCUUCCGCGGACUCGCGGCGAAUGGGGAAUGGUGGUGGUGUCGGGGGCGCCUUCCAGCCCUACCUAGACUCCUUGCGGCAGGAGCUGCAGCAGGGGGACCCGACGCUGCUGUCAGUCGUGGUGGCGCUCCUGGCGGUGCUGCUGACGCUGGUAUUCUGGAAGUUCAUCCGGAGCAGAAGGAGCAGUCAAAGAGCUGUUCUUUUUGUUGGCCUUUGUGACUCUGGGAAAACAUUGCUGUUUGUCAGAUUGCUAACCGGCCUUUACAGAGACACUCAAACUUCUAUCACUGACAGCUCUGCUGUGUACAGAGUCAACAAUUCCAGGGGCGCUAGCCUGACUUUGAUUGACCUCCCUGGCCAUGAAAGCUUGAGACUUCAGUUCUUAGAGCGGUUUAAGGCUUCAGCUCGGGCUGUUGUGUUUGUUGUGGAUAGUGCAGCCUUCCAGCGAGAGGUGAAAGAUGUGGCCGAGUUUCUGUAUCAAGUCCUCGUUGACAGCAUGGGUCUGAAGAACACACCAUCAUUCUUAAUUGCCUGCAAUAAACAAGAUAUUACAAUGGCAAAAUCAGCAAAGUUAAUUCAGCAGCAGCUUGAGAAAGAACUCAACACUUUACGAGUCACCCGCUCUGCUGCCCCCAGCACACUGGACAGUUCCAGCGCAGCCCCGGCUCAGCUGGGAAAGAAAGGCAAAGAGUUUGAAUUCUCACAGCUGCCCCUCAAAGUGGAGUUCCUGGAGUGCAGUGCCAAGGGUGGAAGAGGGGACGCUGGCUCUGCUGACGUCCAGGACUUGGAGAAAUGGCUGGCUAAAAUCGCCUGAGGGGCAAAGCCAAACCGCAAGGCGUGAAGGUGUAUGUGGUGAUGGACAAUUUUGGAAAAGAGUGUAGUUAGAAACAUUUCCUUGUUCUGGAAACAAAUUAUUGUUGCAUUCAGCUUGGAAUUUUUUUUAAGUUCAAUUCCCUGUGUUGCUUUCAAACUUGUGACUUUUAUUUGACUCCUGUGCCUUCCCUUUGUUCAGGUGUAUGUGACGUCCCUUUAGUGUAUGCUUGAUGUGGGUUAAGGUCUCCAGAAGCAGACUCCACAUAGAGAACAUCAUGAGAACAUGGUUAUUACCUGAAAAGUUUCUUGUCUUGUGCUUUGGUCCCUUUUUCCUGGAAACAAACCCGUCUGUGAAUGGAACCAGUUAAUUUCACGUUACCCUUGAAGGUUCAUGGACAGUACAUCAUCUAGUCCUUUGUGUUUUUUUUUUAAAGUUACUUUUAUUU